AAAAUAAGGUGAAAACGUCAACAAAACAAAAUUUACAAAAGCAUCUAGAUCUGACUCCUUUUCUGGAUCCUCACCAAAAUAUACAGGCUUCUUCCCUGACCCAAACUGCAUUUUACUACCAAAUGUUGUGUCAAUCUGUUCAAUAGACUUUGAGUAGUCCUGUAAACAAACAAACAUAGAGGAAAACACAACCUCCGUGGCGGAGGUAACACUGCUUAAUGGAGAAAUCAGCCUUUAAAUGAAUUAAUCCAAAAGUGAAUUAUUUCAGGCCCAGAUUGCAGUUUCACUGAAUGACCACAAGGAAGUGACAAAGCUCCUCUGCCCAGAAUCUUAAUGCACUCACAUCUUUCUGUCUCAUUUACGUCUAGUUACCAGUAAUCACGUUGUUUUGGAGAAAAGUCCAGACAUCAGAAAUAAUUAUUUAUGCUGAGUUAUAGCAUAUUUGUGAAGACUGUAUCUUCCGGUUUACCCUCCCUCCUUUUUUUGGACGGUAGAUAAUAUUUUAAUCAAGAAUAAGUGCAGGAUGUGAAACGCUUUGCUCGGCGUCGGUUAUUUUGAGCCUAUAAAUCACACGGAAAUGCAAAUGUCUCAGUUAAAUCCCUUCCUCUUGUGUUCUUUCAGCUCAUUUGAAUAUCACAUGCGUUAGGUUCACACUCCUACUGUCAGGUCAAGUCAAUCUAAGCUGCUCCUACAAUCACUACACCCCCCCCGAAAUUAACAGGAAACACCAUUUUGAGGUUAAAGCCAAGCUAGUAAUGUAUUAAUAACCCACUUCAACAGCAUCUCUGAGGUGCAAGUGAUGUUAGAAGAGAGGAUUAGAGCGCUCAUGUACUCUAUUGGCUCUAGUUCACUGUAUUAAGAGUGUGUGUGCAUGUGUGUAUGUGUGUACAGCAUGAGUCACCCUACCCGCCUGUGAUUGGAGGGCCGUGUGUGGGUGAGGGAGGGGGAGAGAGAGUUAGGGGCCGUCUGUCAAUCUCCCCUCCGCUCCAUUCACACAUUCAACCGCAUGCACCCUCACGGAGAGACAGAGGAAGUGAGCAAGAGCCUCUCAUUCAUAAAAAAAAAAAAAGGAGAGAAAGUUCAUUCACAAAAGCUGCACAGUUCUGUGCCGAGCCUCAGAGGGAGAGAGGAGGCGAGCAGAUGUGGAGGUGAAGCCGAGCUGGAAGCCUGACGGAGAGGCUGAAUGAGAUGGGACUGUAGAGGGGAGCCGACUGGACCUCAGACUGCACAGGACAUCCACAGUCCCACGCUGGGGUUUUUGGUUUUUCUUCUCUUUCACUUCCCAGUGCUCUCGUCGGUCCAGUUACCUGAUUAUGAGACAGCAAACCAUACCCAGGCAUGCUCAAGCGCACCAAAUACAGUCGUCUGCGCAGCGACUCCGUCACAUCUCCAGAGGAUCGGCCCCAAAGGAUGCCGCCCCUGAAGAGGGAACUCCCCUUGGACUCUGAUUUUGCCCAACUGGACCCCGGGGCACCCCCAAACCAUGGGCUGUCCACCCUGAGGGACUUCAUCCCUCGAGUGGCCAACAUCCGGCUGCAGAGUCCCUUCCCUCUGUCUGGCCUGAGGGGACAGAGGACCGCAGCAGGGGACAGAAGCGUUGACGGACACGCUGACAGACCCUGUUCGGGGACACAAUGGGGAUCAGCACCCGAGCAGAGACUUUGUAGCCAACCCCCCCUUCAUGUGCCGUUUACCAGUGGCCAAAGCCGGGGUCACUUAGCCCUGCUCUGCACAAAAAGACCCAUCACCCUGCACCGGAUGGCCAGCCUCCCCUGGACCCCCGGCUGUCCUCCCUGCCCAGAGCACAGAGGUGGUCCGUGCUGUGUGAAGACCUCCUCUGCAGCGGAUGAAUGUACAGCGGUGCGGACGGCAAACAGAGCAGUGCAUCAUAACAUCAAGUACAUGGGCAGUGUGGAGGUAACCCAGUCCAUGAGGAACCUCGACUUUGAUACCAGAAUGAGAGUGACACGAGAGGCGAUUAGCAGACUGUGCGAGAGGACGUCAGCCAAGACAGCAGUGAAAACUAAAAGGGCGGUGUACAAGGGGGCGUCGGCUGUUCUUGGUCAGAUGAACCUGCAGUUUUCCGGGCGCAGGAUCAUCGUCACCGUCUCCACAGACAGUGUGACUCUGAUCACCGCCUCCUCCUCACAGAAGAUCGCCCACCACCCCAUGCAGGCCAUUUCAUUUGCCUCGGGAGGAGAACCAGACGUGGUCGAUUACAUCGCUUACGUUGCCAAAGACCUCACCAAUCAGAGAGCGUGUCACAUCCUGGAGUGUCCUCAGGGUCGGGCCUGUGAGCUCAUCAACAGCAUCGGUCAGGCCUUUGAGAAUCGUUUCCACCAGCUCCUCCACCACACACCGUCGCUCCUCUGCACUGAUCCCAGGUCAGCAGUGAGAGUCGGUAACGAUUGGACAGAGGAGACAACAACAGAGCAGGAGGUCAAACAGGAAGGUGAAGCCCAUGAGCACUGUGACUAUUACAAUGUGAUCCCGGGAAAGACGCCCCCUCCUGGUGGGCUAGAGGACCUGCGCAUCACAAGGGAGGAGAGCAAUCAAGAUCCUGACAUUCAAGAGGUCUGUUUGCCUCGGCCUGUUUCACUGUACGAGAACUGCUCCAUCACAGAAGAGACUCCAGCUCCAACUAGAGUGGGAUGUGAGGUCAGUGGACAGGGCUCUCCUCUCCCUGAGUCACUGAUCCAGGACCUGAUCCAGGAGGAAGGCUGGUUCCAUGGCAGGCUGGGACGAAAGCAGGCCGAGUCCCUCCUCACCUGCAGUGGGGACUUCCUGGUCAGAGAGAGCAGCUCUGCGUCUGGUCAGUACGUGCUCAGCGGCUUGGAGGGAGCCACCGUGCGGCACCUGCUGCUGAUCGACCCCCAUGGAAAGGUGCGGACCCGUGAUCAGGUGUUUCUGAGUGUCGGUCACCUGGUGCGGUUCCACAUGGAGAACCAGACGCCCAUCGUGUCUGGGAGCAGCGAGCUGCUGCUGAAGCAGCCGAUCCUGCAAAGACACUGAUGCACAUUCAUCAGCUUCGUAGUCACACGUGCAGACAUUAGCCUUCAGCGCCGGAGGGUCUCUGCACUUGUGUGAGAUGAGGAACAAUGUACCAAAAAAACAACUAAAUCCUUUAAACACUUUUAGCUCCUUGACAAUUCAACAUGUGAACAUCCAGCACUUUCCACAGUAUUUGUAUUAUUUGGCCAUGAAUCCACAUGUGUUGUAUAUGUUCAGUGAAUAGCUCCUGACAUGUGAGUAAACGUGUGCCUCUCCCUGGGUGGAGAGCAGCUGCCGGCCUGCAGAGCCUCCUCUCUCUGACUCAGGAUGAAUCUGUUGGUGUUUACUCAAAGUCCAAGCACAAUCACUGGUAUCGGGAGGAAGUGAGCAGAAUGUUGGCAGGCGUUCAGAUUCCCUCUCUGUACAUGCUCAGUUCAUCUUUCAUUCGUUGUUUGUUUUAAAGUUUUGAUUUGUUAUUCUUCCGUGUUCCUGCCUUUUUUUUUUACUUGAAAAUCACUUUUCAUUUCACUUUCCUGUUUUGUUCUUAAUAUGGAAUUCAAAUACUCUCAGUAACCAGCCGCAGAAUUGCACUCUUGUCUCAGAUAAGCUGGUAAAUAUCAAAUAAUAACGUUUUUGUUCCCCAUUCAUUGUUGUCAAAUACAUCUUUAGUUCUG